UGAAACUCCCAGCUGUGUAUUGUCAGGAAGUGUUCGGCGGUUACUUCUCCACUAGUUUCAAAGAUACCGACUGAAAAUGGCUUCCAGCGGGUAUAAGGAUACGGAUUUUUAUGAUUAUUGUUGUCCGGUCUGUUUAGAAGAGUUUCAAGAUCCGAAAGUUCUUCCUACUUGCAAUCACAACGUUUGUCGACAGUGUCUCAAAAAUAUUAUAAUGCGAGCAAAACCGGCUUACAUACAGUGCCCUACGUGUCGACAAGAAUCUUUUAUUCGUGAAGAUGACCUUGAUGAUUUACAGACAAACGUGUUCCUAGUGAAACUUCUACAACAAACCGAGCCGCAAAAAGAACGCGAGAAGCUUUCCAAGGGGAUUCAAGCAUGCGUAACAAAGGUGGAAGUUUUAGAUGAAUUGAUAAAGGAGCUAAAAUUGAGUCGACAACGAAAAUUCGAACAUGGAGAGUGUCUUAAAGAAGAAAUUCACAGAAUGGCUGAUGCGAUUGUCAGAAAGACAAGGCUGAGCGAAUCAGAGUUGAUCAGUAGAAUGGAAGAUUUUAUUUCUCAAGAAGACAGCGUUUUCAGCCGCCUUGAAGAAAAGAUGGAAGCUUUCAAACAGAAGUUACAAGCUCACGUUAAUGUUUCUUUGAACGCUUACGAUGAGAAGAACGAUGGGGAAAUUUCAAAGAUGAAAAACACCUUAGCUUCCCUGGCGCACAAUAGCACAGAGGAUAAACUUUACAGAGAGAUGCACGAAUUAAAUUCGUUUGCUGCUUCAUUCGACGCAAACAAAGAUCUUCUGCGAAAUGUCGAAAGUCUGGGCAUUGGAGACUUAUCGAUGAGUGAUCCGAGCGGGGUGAAAAUUGGAAUUUCUACGCCUCUGCAGUUCAUGAGGGUAUCGCUCACAACACUACGUAAGAUCACUGCUUCGAAUUUUGGCUUCGAGUCUUUUUCACCCUUAAGCAUCGCAACAGAUGGUGACAAGCAGGUGGCUGUAGCUGAUCCAGAGAACAACAACAUUCUGAUUUUGAAUCGCAAUGGUGAUUUCGUGAAUAGAUUUACAUCUCCAGCCAGCUCUCCCCAACCUGCCAUGAUGUUUUCGGGCGUUGCUUUUUCCAAGGACAAAAACGACUUGAUCGCCGUCAACGGUGCUCGUGACGUACAUCUCAUCAAUCCAAUUGAUGGAACCUUUAAAGUGAGUUACAGAAGCAGCUCGCAGUGGGGUGUCAAAUACUGUUUUGUUUCCACUGAUCAGAGUGGACGGUUUUUGCUCACAUGCGAACCCUUAGCGAAACAAUGCCGAGCAUGCAUCAUCGUGCACUCGGAUACGCCUUUCGGAAAACCCGAUUUGAGGUUCGGGUUUUCUGGCGAGGGUACUUUGUUAUUCCCUUUUAAAGUCCUUUACCAUGAAAAGCAUUACUAUGUGACAGACAUGGAAAAAGGGUGCAUUAUGGUGUAUAACGAAUGUGGCGAUUUUCUUCGGCAUUUUGGGGGUAAAGACAACGAAAUUCAUGGUCAUGGUCGUCUGGUUUUACCGACGGGAAUGAUCUUUGAUCCAAGAGAGGAAAUAUUUUUAGUGUGUGACUGGGGAUCUAGUUCCAUUCAAACGUACAAACCCGACGGAACUUUUCUAGAGGCAUUCCCGAUCGAUGGACGCCCCACGGAUAUAGCCCUGUUCUCCGAUGGCACCCUUGUGGUUUCUUCGAAGGACGAUCAAUGGAUUCAGUUGAUGUCGAUAUCAACACUCGGGGCGUUUGACGAUGAGGAAGUGGGUAGGAAAUGAAUUUGCCUAUGAUUUGUUGGUUAUUAAUCAAGAGGUGGCAAAUUUCAUGACUGUUACACCUGGACUAGGACAAAAUUACUUUUACUUUGUUCGUAAUUUUAAGUAGAGGACAAAAAUAAAUGUGAGAAAUUGUAUACCGUCCAAUGGCAACAUAAUACGUAGCAUCCAUUAGUUAUCCAUCAACUGUGUCGCUCUCAUAUGCGCUGGUUUCGUUAUCGACUGCAUCACUGUUAGCUCGCCUUAGACCUGGCAACUCGCCUUUGUUUUCUACCUAUCCGCGAGCCGCAUCAGGGGGAAACGGCCUCGGUCUUGCCUCCCCCUUGAUGCGGCUUUGCUUUUUCAGGCAAACUAUAAAGAUGAUUUUGAUAUAUAUGUAUAUAUAUACGUGUGGUUGUCAUUUUCCUGGUGCGUAGGUUUAUGUGCGGCAGGUUUAUGUGCUUUGAAGGAUAAACCUUAGACUUAUCUCCCACCGUAAUUGUCUCAUAACUAUAAUUACUACAAGAUGUGCAGCAAAUUUCGAUUGUAAAACCAAAACCAAACAACCCGCAAUCAGAAUAAAGGAAAAUACCUCAGAGCCCAGUAAAACUCAAAAUAAAGACAAGUUAACGCGAGUUACAAAGUGACGAUUGGUUUAUGUUUUGAAUCUUAUUGGUCGAGAAAAGUGGCGCGAGUUUCGAAAAGGCGGGAGGGUUGAAAACUGGGCGGGGCUAAUUGCAUAGGUCUAAUUGGACAGGUGUAUGUUACGUUCAUGUAAAGAACCAAGCCUACUUCAGAAAUUUAUAAGGUUUAUUAUCCCAGGAUAAUUUAGAUUUAAAAUGAAUGACUCCAGUAAAGGCGGAGUAUAUAAAACUACUUUUCAUUGAGAAGUUCAGCUAUAAAAUGAAGUCUCCCUGAGA